CUGCCGAUUCUGACCAUGCCAACAAGACAAGCAGAAUUCGACGACAUCCUGUUAGAGAAGACGAAGGAAUUUCGUGAGCGAUAUUUUAACCCUCCCAAAGAGGUUGUUUCCAUGGAGGACUUUGAACGAAUACGUACGCUUGGACGUGGAGCAUUUGGACGAGUUUUACUUGUGCGCCAUUGGGAUAAGGAUCAGUACUAUGCCCUCAAAAUUCUAUCAAAAAUUGAAAUAGUCAAAAGCAGACAAAUAGAAAAUGCCAUAAACGAGAAGAGAAUAUUGGCCGCAUGCAACUUUCCUUUUAUUAUCAAACUGUUUUUCAGUUUUAAAGACAACAGCUAUCUCUACAUGGUGAUGGAGUUUGUUAUUGGCGGGGAAAUGUUUACUUUGUUACGGAACAUGCGCCGAUUCCCCGAUAACAUGGUGAAGUUUUAUGCCGCCCAGGUUGUGAUGGCGUUUGAAUAUUUACACAUGUUGACCAUUGCUUACCGAGAUUUGAAGCCGGAAAAUCUACUUAUAACUGGAGAGGGAUUUCUGAAAGUGGCCGAUUUGGGCUUCGCAAAAAUGAUACCCAAAGACAAACGGACUUGGACUUUGUGUGGCACACCAGACUACAUGGCACCGGAAAUUAUCAUGAGUAAGGGUUAUCACUGUGCUGUGGAUUGGUGGGCGUUUGGUGUUCUUCUUUAUGAAAUGACAACAGGCUUUCCUCCUUUCAUGCAUCAAGAUCAAAUGAAAACUUUUGAACAUAUUAUUUCUGGAAAAAUCAAAUUUACCAACAACUUUGGUCCCGAGUUAAAAGAUCUUAUCCGAAACCUAAUUCAAGUCGAUCUCAGCCGAAGAUACGGAAAUUUGAAAAAUGGCAUAGCGGAUAUAAAAGAGCACGCCUAUUUUUCUGACUUGGAUUGGUUACAGUUGUACAAUAUGCAAGUGCGUCCACCAUAUAAACCAAAAUACAAGGGACCUUCAGAUACGAGCUGCUUUGAGAAGUGGGAAGAAGAAAAUUUGAAAAUCGCAGACAAAGAGAAGUUCAAAGUUGAAUUUGAGGAUUUCUAG